AUGCUCACCAGCCCCGGCCCCAGUAACAAACAGCCCGAGGCCAGAAAAAAUAAGAACCUAGUAGCUGGAGCCCAAAAAGAGAGCGAUAAUGUCUCUCACCCCUCCCCGAGUGAUUGUCUUCUCACACCGACAAGUCAAACCACACGACAGCGCCCACCCCCAAUCCAUCCAUAUCCAUCCAUCCAUCGCCGCUCGUCGUUUUUUCUGCACCACCACUCCAAGGACCGCCCCACGAUCCAGUGUCCUUUCGCGAUACUCCAUAAAGCCGUCCCGCCUCCACCAUCACCAAAACAUCCAACCUCCUGUUCCUCCCUUGGCUAG